AUGAAUGCCAAGAACAACAUAUUCCAGAUCCUCCGAGAGGAAGAUAAAAUAAAGAGGAAGUCGAAACAACUGAAAGAGAGUCAACAGAAGAAGGAGAAUGAGAAGAAGGACAUCAGUAGCUUUUCCUUCGAUAUAAGCAAGUACACCUCCUGGGCCGACAUGGUGGACGAGUACGACGAGUUCUUCUACGAAGUGGAAAAACUGAAUGACCAAGAGAAGAACGGAGAAAAUAACAACAAGGAAAAGAAAAAAAAAAAAACGAAAAAAAAAAAAAAAGAAGACCAAUACAGUGAUGAAAGCAGUGAGGAAGAGAAAGAGAACGCCGAUCAAGUCGCACAGACAAACACCACCGAAAAGGAAACUAAAAAUAAUAAAUCCGCUACCACUCCUAAUGCAAAGAAGAAGCAAAAUGGAACUUCCAAUGGGAUUAACAACCUAAAUAAACAAAAACAAAUGGAGAAAAAAAAAAAAUACAAAAAGGAAAAGGAUAAAAACAAGCUCGAAAAUAUUCUACUUGAAUUUACAAACACAUAUAAUCCCCACGUGGAAAAGGAAAUGCAAGAGCACCUCAAUGGAGAUGAGUCAAAGGAGAUUACUGCUCCGGUGAGUGGCAAUGGAGGAGGGGAUACGCCUACCGGUGGAGAUGCGAAUGGUCCAGAGGUGGAGAACGAAAACGACGGAGAUGAUGAAGACAAGCUAAAGAAAAAGGAGAAGAAGAAAAAAAAAGACAAGAAGAAAAAAGAAAAGAAAAAACAGGAAGAACUGAACGAUUCACUAAAGAGGGAGGAGCUGGGUCAGGCUCCCCUUGCAGACAAGGUUGACGACGGAACCAAGGGCGAAGAAGGCACACCCCACCAGAAGGAAGAAACCCCCAUCCCCGCGAACGAAAAGUUAAAAAUGCUCCUGAGCAUGACGGCGAAGAAAAAAAAAAAACGGGAGAAAAUCGAUGACAUCAUUGCCAUCGUGGAAAGAGAGGAAAAUAUAAAAAAAAAACAACAAGACAAAAUUAAGCAGAAGGAGAAGCAGAAGUUAAAGAUGCUCCAAAAGUCUAUGCAGUGA